UAGCACAACAACAACACUGCUAGUAACGUUAGCUCGAAGGAAAGCGAAGUGUGUUUUUUUUCUUCUAAAUUUGGAACAUAUAAACAGGUACGCUGGAAUUUUCUGACACCCACUCGGACAUGUCCUAUGUCUUCAUCAACGACUCGUCGCAGACCAACGUGCCUCUGCUGCAGGCCUGCAUCGAUGGAGACCUGCCCUUCGCCAAGAGGCUCCUCGAGACGGGAUGCGACCCCAACAUCCGCGACAACCGGGGCCGCACGGGCCUGCACUUAGCCGCAGCCCGAGGUAACGUGGACAUAUGCCGCCUGCUGCACAAGUUCGGGGCCGAUCUGUUGGCGACGGAUUAUCAAGGAAAUACUGCGCUGCAUCUGUGUGGGCAUGUGGAUACUAUACAGUUCCUGGUGUCCAACGGGCUGAAGAUUGAUAUCUGUAACCACAAUGGGUCGACUCCCCUGGUGCUGGCGAAGAGACGCGGCGUCAACAAGGACGCCAUCCGUCUGCUGGAGGGACUGGAGGAGCAGGAAGUGAAGGGCUUCAACAGAGGACCCCACUCCAAACUGGAGACCAUGCAGAUGGCCGACAGCGAGAGUGCGAUGGAGAGCCACUCCUUACUCAACCCCAACCUGCAGAGCAGUGAGGGCGUCCUGUCCAGCUUCAGGACGACCUGGCAGGAGUUUGUGGAGGACCUGGGCUUCUGGAGGGUGCUGCUGCUGCUUGUGGUGAUCGCCCUCCUCUCCCUGGGCAUCGCCUACUACGUCAGCGGGGUCCUGCCUUUCUCCACCAGCCAGCUGGAGCUGGUGCACUGAGGGAAGGGCAGGGACGAGGGUAGUGACGAACAAGCAUGGGGUAGGCAGGUAGUAAAAGAUAAUGAAGUGAAGUUUUGCUUUCGGCUGUGUUUGUACACGACAGAAACUCUGAUUUUUGUUCAUUUGCAGCCCAGAUCUUUUUUUUGUCUAAAAAGGGGAACAUCAUAUUGUAUUGUUAGUAACGUGUUUUUUUAAAAAGCAGUGAUCCAAAAGUCACUUUCAAUUUAAAAAAAAAAGCUACUUAAACAAGCAACUUGCAAGUUUAAGAGGUUGUGAGAUGAUUAACAGAAAGAGCCAGGACCAAGACUGAGAACACAUGUUGGUCUUGUUAUAAUAUUGUGUGACACCUCCCCUUUAAAAGUCACAUUGCACAGUUUAAUUUCCUUUUGAAAAAGUAGAGAAAAGUGAGAGGGUUUGGUUCCACUUUUUCAAUUAAAAAAAACAAAACUUGCGAUACUAAGCUUGAGAUGUACGUAACAUUUCUGUCUUUUACUUUGACGAUUUAAUAGAAAGAUCCAGGCAGUAGCUUCUUCUGACUCGUAACCCACAGCAACUCUGUGAAACGUGUCCCCGACAGUUCACCCUGCUUUUGAAAAUGUAUUGACUCACAGCGAGAGGAUAUGAUGCUUGUUUUCAGUCAUACAAUGACAUUUCCUUGUUUCCUUUCCCUGUUACAAACUGUAUAUUGCCAAUGUUUUCUAUCUUUUAUUUUGAUAGUUUUCUUGUUUGUCCAAUCUCUCAGUUGUGUUAUUUAUCAAAUAUAUUCUCCAUUAAUGACCUUUCAUAUUGUAUGUUUUGUUACAGUACUGCACCCUCCCCUCGCUGUCUCUAAAACUCUUAUCAUUGAAUGAAUAUCUAAUUCUGCCUGGAAGCAGUCUGGAUGUGAUAGGUGACGGCUGAUUCACUGACUCUGUGCAGGAACGCUCUGUCGUCUGCUCCAUACAGACCAGAGAAGCACCUUGACUGUGUGCCUUUUGAGAGAAAGCUUCAUGUCUCACAACAGUUCAUUGACAUUCCUGCCUGAAGCACGCAGCCUUGUUGUAAACAUCACAGAGGCACAAUACUUAUGAUUAUGGCAGCAGAUUAACGGUUAUUACUCGUUUUGUUGUAUAUUCAUUAAUGUCCUUGGAAAACCAUGUAGAUUUUAUUUGUUGUAGCUUUUCCACUCUUGAUUUUCUGUGAACAGUAACCUUUAAAUGCUAAUUUAAUGUGGGAAAUAAAUAAAAUCAUGUGUAUGAAUGAU